UUCGUUCAUUAGAAAAAAAUGGAACAUUUUUCUUUAUCAACCAAGUUCUUCUUUCUUUCUUUUGUUUUUACUGUUUUGUGUAGCUCAGAAGCGGUUAUUCAGUUACCAAAUAAUGAGACAGUUCUAGCAGUCAUUAUGUUUGGAGACUCCAUCGUUGAUACAGGCAACAACAAUGGUCUUACAUCAGUGGUGAAGUGUGAUUUUCCUCCUUAUGGGAGAGAUUUUAAUGGAGGAAUGCCAACGGGAAGAUUUUCAAAUGGAAAGGUUCCCUCAGACUUCUUAGUGGAAGAAUUGGGAAUUAAAGAACUCCUACCAGCUUAUAGGGAUCCAAGUUUGCAGCCCAAAGAUCUCUUAACAGGUGUAAGCUUUGCAUCUGGUGGCACAGGAUACGAUCCUUUGACACCUAAAGUAGUGUCAGCCAUAUCACUAUCUGAGCAAUUACAAGAUUUCAAGCAAUACAUAGGGAAGUUGAAAGGAAUUGUUGGAGAAGAGAGAACAAACUUCAUAUUAGCCAAAAGUGCAGUUUUUGUGGUGGCAAGCAGCAAUGACAUUGCCAAUACCUAUUUUCUUACUGGAAUAAGGAAAGCCGAAUACGAUAUUCCAUCUUAUGCUGAUCUUUUACUCAAUUCAGCUUCUAAUUUCAUCAAGGAACUGUAUGGACUGGGGGCACGAAGGAUUGGUGUUUUCAGUGCACCACCACUAGGAUGUGUGCCAUCACAACGACUUUUGGUUGGAGGCUCAGAAACUGAGUGUGCAAAGCAGCCCAAUCAAGCAUCACAAGUGUUCAAUGAUAAACUUUCUAGGGAGUUGGGUUACCUUAACAACAAUUUGCCUAAUGCAAAGGUGGUCUAUAUUGAUGUCUACAACCCCAUACUUGAUCUCGUAACAAAUCCAAAGAAAUAUGGCUUUGAGAUUGCAAAUAAAGGGUGUUGUGGCACUGGAACUGUAGAGGUAGCAAUAUUGUGCAACCAAUUAGACCAUCACACUUGUACCGACGACUCUAAGUACGUGUUUUUUGACAGUUACCAUCCUACAGAAAAAGCUUACAAGAUAAUUGUCAAUCAGCUCAUUACAAAAUAUAUCUACAACUUCGUUUGAGAUUGAUGAUUUUCCUCAACUCUCAAUUAAUUAUCAACCAGACUUUUUUUUUUUUUUUUUUUUUGAGAUAAAUUAUCAACCAGACUUUGCAAAUUCUUUUUCCUCUUAUUGCAAUGGAGAUCGUCCUAUUUUCUUUAUGAAAUAUUAUUGUAAGUUGUAACAAUUAAUUAGUUCUGAAAGUUUCAUUGAGCUUGACCCAAAUAAAAGGGAUUAGGUUUUGAGUUGGGAGUGCCAA